UAGUGUUUCAGCUAAAGGAAGUGUUUCUGUUAUAGGAGUUUGUUAUUGAUUUUAAUUUCCCUUGUCUUUGCAUAUGAAUCCCGAGUUGGUGGAUUCAAGUUAGUUCUAACGGCCGAGUGUCGCAUUGAACAUGCAGUAGAUGUAAUGUGACGCAUCACUGCACUACCGUAGCGAAAAUAAUAGCUUAGUACAUUAAUUCAAUUAGGAACCCUUUGUGUCUUUGUGCUGAGUCAUACAUAAUCGUCUUUAUUACUUUCGUGAAAACCACUUCAAUUUUUUGUAACUAUUCAAGAAGUGAAUCUUAAAUUCAGUUGGGUUGUGCUCUGAUACGCAAGCAAGAUGAAGUUGCCGUGUUGGAGCAAACAAUCCGCACCAGGAAUGAGAUGCAACGCGCGGCCGGAGUGGAAUUAGCAGCCACCUGCCACAUCUGUCUCAAGACCAAGUUCGCUGACGGAGUGGGGCACUCGUGCCACUACUGCAGAGUGAGGUGUUGCGCGCGUUGCGGCGGCAAAGUCACAUUACGCUCUAAUAAGGUUAUAUGGGUCUGCAUUCUAUGCCGCAAGAAACAAGAACUCUUAUCUAAAACUGGACAAUGGAUAAACAAAAACACCGGCCAAGAUCCCAUGUUAUGGCGCAUGGAAUCGGAUUUGCGCGGAUUACCGCCUCAGGCCGACGCUUCCCUGGAUAAGAGACCAAAGCUAGAACGAGCUCACAGUGCAGCGGAGAAAGAGAACCAUCCCUUACAAAGAUCAGGCAGCGCUCUGCGUCGGCAAUACAGUCAGCAGGAGCCGCGCUGCUACGGGGAGCUGGAAGGUUUGGCCCGCACGCACCCGCACCUCGUGCACCCGCGGCAGAAGGCAGCGUACGGGGUAGAGGAGUCUAUGCAACACCCGCCUUCGCACCUUCUGCCUCACCCGGGAUCGCACCCGCCGAUGCCCCCGCGGUCCUCGUCAUCCGACGACGAGGUUCCCGAGUGCGUCUCUGACGAGAACGACGAAUAUCGCGACCGCGGACAACUUGAGGCGUGCGGGUCUCUCCGGCACCCCCACCUGCGCAGCACGAGCGUGGCCGUCAACAAUUAUUACAAUUUGACUAACCAUUCGCCGGGCGCUUACGAGGCAGAGGCGCGCGGCUUCGACGCGGCGCGCGCGGCGCCGGCCGGCGGCCGCAGCUUCGACUCCGUGACGGACUGCCGCUGGCGCGCGCGCGACGACGGCGAGGGCGCGUACCUGCGCCCGUACGCGCCGGACGAGGGCCCGCGCCCUGACAGAGCUGUAUAUAAGAGUGCCUACUUGUGGGAGGAUUCUUCCGACAACAGACGCUUCACUGAGAGGAGAAAAAAGACUGUACGCUUUGAUGGGCACGAAGGUGCAGCCACCUUCCCCAGAGGCGGUCGAGACGCCUCCGGCGCGCCCCAGGACUGGGCCUCUCUUCGCUGGGAAUCUGAACGACAAACCAGCCAAGAUUCUGCAACCAAAGACUCGGGCAUCGAUACCUCUAGCACCUUCACAUCGAGUGAAGAUUCAAACAGAGGCGAUUGCCCUAAGUUCCCGCAAAGCUGGCAGGUGUCAGCCGACGGCAGCCGAAUGAUCGGGCACAUGGUGUUACGCAAAAGCGUGGUGGAAGGUAGUUCCCACUCCUCCGCUGCUAUACUAGGGCUCAAAGUCGUUGGAGGGAAACUGCUGCCCGAUGGGAUGCGAGGAGCUGUAGUUGAAAAGGUCAAGAAGGGUUCUAUAGCUGACUUAGAAGGACAACUUAGGAUAGGAGAUGAAGUUUUACAAUGGAAUGGAGUACCUCUUCAAGGUCGUAGCGCCGAGGAGGUCGCGGCGGUGGUGGCAGACAGCAAGCACGAUUCGCAUGUAGAGUUGGUGGUGUCGCGCCCGCUGGCUUCUUCUCGAUCUUCGGCACAGCCUUGGAGGACUCAUAAAGGUAAUUUAGAGGUAUACACGGAAGUGAUGGGCGGGUGCGAAAAGCCGAGUGUCCUUGUCACGUCUCCUGGCUCUCCCGACGUGCACGCGCGUAGACGCCCGAGGCACAAUCAUCACAACGCUAACGUGGCAGGGCGCAUACAGCUGAAGAUAUAUUUCGACAUCAGUGCUCUUCAGCUGCUGGUCACGGUGGUCUCAGCGAGCGGGCUCACGCCUCGAGCAGACGGCUCUCCUCGGUGUCCUUACGCGAAGAUAUUCCUUCUGCCGGACAAGAGCGAAAAGAGCAAACGCAGAACAAAGACUCUGGCCAAUACCCUGGAACCACGAUGGAACCAAACUUUCGUGUACUGCGGCAUCAGAAUCACUGACAUCAAAAAACGAACUUUAGAGGUCACCGUCUGGGAUUUAAAUCGUUACGGCCCAAACGAUUUUCUCGGCGAAGUCCUCCUCGACCUCGAUAACAUUGUGAUGAACCACGAACCGAACUGGUACACGCUGAAGCCUCACGAAGAGACUGCGAGUUUUAGUAGAUACCGCGAGGAGGAGGCGGACGGAGAGCACCUGUCACCUCCCUCUACGUCCACGUCGCGACUGUCCGACUCGGACACGCCCAGCGAGUGUGACCUCCGCCGACACCACUCACUCUCCAGUCUCGCUUCUAGUUCCAGCCCGCCGCCCCCUCACGAGCGAAUGGACAUGGACGGAAAUCGUAAUAAUCGACGAGACAUGUCUCCGGCGGGUCGCGUGCGCGCCGCUGGAAUGUCCAGAGAAAGGAGCGCGGGCUACAGCGUGGCGCGCUCGCAGUCGGCGGCGGGCGUGGCGCGGCCGCAGCGCGCGCGCAGCAAGUCGCCGCGCCGCUCGCUGUCGCCGCCCGCGGACCGCGACCCCUGGCGAUACUCAGUAGGCGAGGAUAGAGGCGACGUGUCGCGGCUGCCGACGCACGCGUACGCGCCGCGCUUCCAGUCGCGCUCGGCCACGGCCACGCCCACCACUAGCCCCAAGAAGCGCCAGCUGCCACAAAUUCCCCACCAGAGUGGCCAGAGGGCAGUGCGGGCGCAAGUGUCUGCGGACCUGGAGGAACGUAAGUGGAUCGCCCCGCAUCACAUUGGCGCCACACUCACCUACCGCAGCACGCCGCAAGGUUGGGAGCGGCACUACGCGGGCCUGUCAGACUCCGAGCUGGCCGCGCGCGGGGGCACGGGCUGGGCGCCGCCGCGCCGCCGCCUCUCGCCGGACGCCGCCGCCGCCGACUCCGACCUCGAGUCCGUGGCCUCGGUCACCUCUAGCGCCUUCAGCACGCAGUCCGAGAGGCCGCGGCCCACGCGAAUGCUCAGCAACGACUAUGGCGGGCGCGACAACGGGCGCGGCAACAACCAGCCGCAGCCGCUGGAGCGCCGCGAGUCCCGGCGCGGCCAGUUCACGCGCAGCCUGAGCAACGCUGACGUACCUCCAGAUGAAAAAGCAGAUGGAAGUCUCAGCGACACGGCUCUGGGCGGAGCCGGUGAACUGGAACCGGUCAGCGAUGACGUGCUACUGAAGGCUGAACCACGAGACUACUUCGGUCCCGGGAUGGGCAAGAAGAGUAACUCGACAUCCCAGCUGUCAGCUACAGGACGAAAACGGAGGUUAGGUUUCGGUAAACGUGGGAAAAAUUCGUUUACGGUACAACGCAGCGAGGAGGUGGUGCCCGGCGAAAUGCGCGGCGCCGGCGGGGUGUCGCGCGCCUCCUCCGCCUCCAGCGAGAACGACGACGACAGAUGGUCCCCUGGCAUGCGGGGGUCGGGGUCGUCGGACGGCGGGGGUCUGUCGGACUUCAUUGACGGCCUGGGCCCGGGCCAACUCGUGGGCAGGCAGCUACUUGGAGCGCCCACUCUGGGAGACGUCCAACUAUCAAUGUGUUAUCAAAAAGGAUUCCUUGAGGUGGAGGUAAUCCGCGCCAGAGGCUUACAGGCGCGACAAGGCAGCCGGACUCUGCCGGCGCCCUACGUCAAGGUGUAUCUAGUGAGCGGCAAGCGCUGCGUGGCUAAGGCCAAGACUAGCACCGCGAGGAGAACGCUCGACCCGCUGUACCAGCAAACGCUCACCUUCAGAGAGAACUUCAAGGGAUGCGUUUUGCAGGUGACCGUAUGGGGCGACUACGGGCGUAUUGAGGGCAAAAAAGUGUUCAUGGGCGUGGCCCAGAUUAUGCUCGAUGACCUAAACCUUUCCAACAUAGUUAUUGGAUGGUACAAGCUUUUCGGAACUACUUCUUUGUAACCGAGAGUACAGCACUAUCUACAAAGUGUUUGGAGAACUUAUAUCAUCACAAUAAAAAAAUGUCCAAAUAAUACAUUUAGUGAUACUGCUUUAAUAUCAUGAUAAAACGCGAAAUAUCUUGAAUAUAGGAAAUUUUCUAUAAAA